UUUGAACCCUAACGAACUGCAGUCAAGAAAUCAACGCAAAAGCACUGCCAGACGUCCGUUGCACAUGCUUCCGUUCUUCAAUCUCCCCGUGCUUUAAUCAGAAAACGAGCGAAACACGAGACAGGAAAUCAAGUGACAAUCACCUUUGAAGUUCACUCGAUUCAACUAAUUGUCUGUAUUCCAUUUUAGCGAGAAUGGAGCAAGAAGGAGAGCAACUCAUAACAAAAUCAGAACCAGAAUCUAUGGUAUCGGUUACAGUUGGUAGAAUCAUGGCGAAUCUUCUUUCUGCACGCCCUAGAAAGUUGGAAGACUCCAUUGCUCGUCUCUCCGCGGAUUCCCAAAAGGCUUCUAUUGGUUCUUUGGAUGAGUCAGUGUGGUUUCUACACAAGUACGUGAGGGAGGCAGCUGAGAGGAAAGAGACAUUGGAUGAGAUUCUCGUUCCCAUAAUUAAACAUACAUUGACGUCCAAGGGAUUGAAGCAUGGUGGCCAAACUUUUACACUCUUCAAUUGGCUCUUUCAAGAUGAACUCCUUUUUGAGGCUGUUGCAGUGAAUCUUGCAGAUAUAAUUUCCAGAAAAGAUGAUCGUUAUAUAGCCCUUGGAUGGUGCACACUUGUUCGCGACCUUGUAGAGUAUGAGAGUCAUACGGAUCAAUAUUUAAUAAAUGGAAUAAGGGAGAAGUAUAGUUCCCUGUUAAAGAUCCUUUGCUCUUGUAUUUCACAUCUGUCAUUGAUUAUACGUAAUGGAAGCACUUUUCAAGAUGGAUUUGAGUUGCCAUCUCGACUUUCGGUGUCUGCCGCUGAUUGUUUUCUAGCGAUCACUGGAGCAUUGACAAGAAAAGCUGAGAUUCCAGUCAAUAGGUCAAAAUCAAUAAAUUCAAGUAGAUCAGAUCCGGCUGUUGCUUUAGUGCCUACUAAUAUAAGUAAGAAGAAAGUGAGUCAAGCUCAUGAACCUUCAUGCAUAAAUGGAAAAAUGGAACUUUUGCUCUGGAAUCAUCUGGAGGAACUCAUUGUUCUAGUGCAGAGUCUCCUUGCGUGGAGCAGAAAAAGUCGUCCUUUGCAUGCUAAAGGAUUAAGGCAAGUGCUUAAGUGGUUACAUGAAAUAAACAAACAUUACGGUGGCUCUCACGACGAGGCAGGUUCAAAGAUUCUCAAAACUGGAGCAAUGUUACUUUCUUCUUGUUGGAAGCAUUACAGUGUGCUAUUGCACUUGGAUGAUCACAAGUUCUCUCGGCAGAGCAAAGAAUUGUUAGACCAAUAUUUAUCAGGCAUCCAGUUUUAUACGGAAAACCAUGCUGAGGAAAAUCUCGAGAAUAAGACCAAUGGAAUAGAGACAAGGAAAUUUUUUCUUAAUUGUUUAUGCCUUCUGUUGGGGCGUCUGGAUGGCAAGAGAUUUGAAAGUACAACAUCAGAGUAUGGAAUGCAGUUAGUACGGGUUCUUUUGUCACAGCUUCACUCUGAUGAUGACGACAUUGUAGAGGGAGUUGUUUGCAUAAUGAGGGCAGCCAUUUUCCGACCAAAUGAUUUAUCUGGAGGCCAUCCAACUAAUGCCAGACAAAUGGAUGUUGUUAUGCCCACAUUGCUUCACCUUUUAAAUGAGCGGGAUAGUGCAGCUAGAGCUGUUGUUAGCCUCAUAGCAGAAUAUUGCUCUAUAAAUACAGAUGGUCACUGGCUAAGAGAGGUUGUGGGAAAACUUGCUUCAGGAAAUGCUAUGCAGAGGAGGAAUGCUGUUGAUGUUAUCUCAGAGCUCAUCCGGAUGUCAACAGAUUCAGGAAGCGUACUUUCCCAGAUUGCAUGGCAAGAAGUAGGAAACCACUUGCUAGAGUGCCUUGGAGAUGAAGAAACUGCAAUUCGUGUACAGGCAUCCAAUUUGCUUCCAAUGAUUGAUCCAUCAUUAGUGUUGCCUGCGAUAGUUAAUCUUGUUUACGCUCCGGAUGAAAAUGUACAAUUAUCUGCAAGUAAUGCCUUAAUUGGGUUGUUGAAGUAUCACAAUGAGAAUGCUGAAGUGAUAUGUAUGCUGCUCGACAGUCUUAGCAGUCUCAGUCAUGGCCUAGGUGUUCUGAAAACAACUGGACAUUCAGGUAAAGGAGCAAAGUUGGACGAAGAUCGAGUGCUCAAGCUGAUCCCAGAGUGGUCUAAAACUGUCCAGAACUGGAACUCCUUGAUAGAAAGAUUGAUUGACAAGAUGUUUGCAGAGCCUUCAAAUGCAAUGAUUGUCAGGUUUUUGAGCUGCAUUAAUGAACAAUUGGCAGAAUCUGGAGAUAUAGUCCUCUAUCGUGUUCUGUGUCAUGUGAAAGAACAGAAAGAUGUUGACGAAAGCUUCUUAUCUAGAUGGGAUAGUGGUACCUAUACAAGUGAUGACUCCAAAAGAAUGCAGCAAGUUCUGUUUGAUCGACUGUGUCCAUUACUCAUACUACGGCUGCUUCCAAUGAGAGUUUUUGAUUACCUUGAGUCUUCUAUCAUGUAUGGUCAACUUCUCAGUCGAGGCAUUGGGAAUGCUUCAGAGGAUGGAGCUAUAAAUAUUGUUGAUCACGAGUGUGUUGCUGCUAUCCUUUUAAACAGGGCAUUUUCUAAGGUUGAAUUUGAAGAUGUCCGUAAACUUGCUGCUGAGCUUUCUGGGCGCAUUCACCCUCAGGUGCUCUUCCCAGUUGUUUCUUCCUACUUAGAACAAUUUGCAGGUUAUCAAGAUAUACUGAAGAUUAAAGCCUGCUUGUUUUCUAUCUGUACUUCUCUUGUGGUUAGAGGCAAAGAUGCCAUUUUGCAUCCUGCUAUGCUUAAAAUUAGAGGAACACUGGAAAUGAUUCUGUUGUGGCCUUCUUUAGAUGAAGAUGAAGUCUCUAAAGCACAGCAUGGAUGCAUUGACUGUUUGGCACUGAUGAUAUGUGCUGAACUGCAAGUUCCUGGAUUAUUAAAAGGAUCCACCACUGAGAAGAUUAACAUUGUCAGGAAGAAUGACAACUGUGAAGAGCCCGCCUCCAAACACUCUGUUCUCGCAUAUGUGAUCCAUCAAAUAUUACAUGAUGAGAGUGAACUAUUUUCUACAUCUAGGACGGGUAGCAAGCACCCAACUGUUAGGAUGCCAACUCCUCUCCCUUUUCGUCUAUGCAUGGCUAAUGUUCUCAUCAGUGUCUGCCAAAAAAUUUUUGACUCCAGCAAGAAACGGUUUGCGAAAAGAACUCUUCCGUGCCUCAUUCAAUCUGUUGAGGGUAUAAGCCUCCCAGAGGUUAGAGCUGCUUGCAUCCAGGUCCUAUUUUCGGCUGUUUAUCAUCUGAAGUCUGCAGUUAAUCCUUAUUCUUCCGAUCUUCUCAAACUGUGUCUCAAGUUUCUUGUAGAAGGAUCUGAGAAGGAAAGGAUGGCAGGUGCAAAGCUAAUGGCAUCUCUUAUGGCCAGUGAAGAUGCAAUGCUGGAGAGCAUAGCAGGAGGACUAUUGGAAGCAAGGUUUGUGCUCUCAACCAUAUGUUCAAGUGAUCCUUCCCCUCAGAUACAAGAAGUGUGCAAGAAAUUGCUAGAAUGUAUAGCUUCCUCGUGAGUUAUUUGAUUUUGAUGUGAAUAUAAUGAUGCCAUAAUAUCAUAUGUUCUAGUAACCUGCGUACACGGUUGGGAGAUGUAAAUUUGAAAAGUAAAAUAUCCAGGCGGCCGUCGUAUCGUUAGUUUAGCUAACCCCAAACGUGCGCACACUAGGAAGUUAGCUAGUGUCAUAAUCUCUACAUGCAUUUUGAUACAGCCGUAGCAGUGCUUGUAACGGUAGAUCCUGUUUAUUCUAAUUAUAUCGGAAGAGUUUGAUGUUCAUGGACGUUAACUUGGUAGAAAGAGUACCGAGAAGAUCGCCACGAAAUUGCAUUAUGGGUUAUAUGACUGUAUUGACUUGGUAGUAAACUGCUUUUGGUAGGGAUUUGAAUUUUGUUUGGAAGGCUCACAUUUGGAAUUUUACUUUCAUUAUUAUAA